AUGUCUGUCCGGAUCCAAUUUACAUUCUUCAACUAUGUCAACAGCCACAAGGACGUAAAAGGUGCCGGGGUGCAGUGGCCACUGUGUGGGAUUCUACUGAGCUUUUAUCGUUUGUCAUCUACUAUACUGGUCAUGGAGGAAUCAGAGCUCUGUUCCUUGCCUGGGGGAAUUGCUAGUGUGAGGAGACAAUUUGAAACUCAAGAAAUUGCAUCAUCACACAGUGUUACCCAGUUUCAUUAUCAACACAGAGCUGUGCAGGAAAUGUCUAACUCUGAAGUGACGGUGUCGAGCAACAACUCCCUCCCAGCUAGUCAGCUAAACCACAACCACCAAAAUAUGGUCUCUUAUAGUGGCAAUGUCAAUUAUGAAAACUAUGAAAACGAUACCGAAGAGAAUUUUCCCAGAUACACAACCAGAGAGCUGAGAGAUCACUUUGAGAAAACAAUAGAGGAGGCAGCACCCCACAAUCCAGUAAAGAUUACCCGUGACAUCAAUCGGUCUAAGUGGGCUUCAAACAUGACCCAGAACACCACAGCGUCCAGUGAAAUGUAUGAAGCAUCUACAACUGCAGCUUCUCUAGAGAACACCGGAGCAGCAAUGAUUGAGUAUGAUGAUUUUCCGCCUCCACCUGCUGAUGAUUCUGACUACCUGCCACCCCCACCUCCAGACUUAUUGCAAAUGCCACCAGAGAAUCACGAUCUUCCAGUAUACCAUUACAAUCCAGAGCUUGAAGAACCAGCACAACCCUCCAAGUGUCCCCUCAGCAGAGAAGCCUACUUCAAACAGAGGAGCAAGAAUGAGUUGAAACGGCUCUACAAACACAUUCAUCCCGAGGUUCGGAAAAACAUUGAGAAGGAGAUCGACUUCAAUGAAUCGGAAACUGUUCAAGUCCAGAACCAAGAAUUCUCAUAUGAAGAAGAUCAGGAGGAAAUGAAACAGUAUGAAGAGGAUGAAUGGGAGGAGAUUCUUCCUGGGGAUGUACAGUCAAUGCGUUGGAUGUUUGAAAAUAAGCCCCUGGACACCAUCAGGGAUGAAUCUCCAGAUGAGGAUGACGACGACAAAAAGAUAACUCAACAGGAAGUCAUUCUCGUUGACCAAGAAGAUGAGGAAAUCUCUGAGUUGACUUUUGCAUCGGUUCGAGAAAAGAUGGAGUUUUUUGAAGAGGCUCAAAAGGCAGACAUUAAUAAAACCUAUGUGCGCAAAGAGCCCAUUUCUAUUCCUGAGCGUUUAGGGUCUGAUGCGGAGGAGGAGUGUGCAAAUGAGAGAGUGAGACAGUUUUCAAGAGUCUUGGCUACACCGUUUCAUCUGAGACCUCACAAGUUCUGUCUGAACAAACUGACUCAAAUUCCGAAGUCAGAGCUCUGCACGGUUUGUCGGAGGAGAGCUUAUCCGAUGGACGCCCUGAUAGUAGACAAAAAAAAGUACCAUAAAUCCUGUUUCUUCUGUGAGCACUGUAGGAAUAAAUUAAGCGUGGGAAAUUAUGUAUCUCUCCAUGGACACUUCUACUCCUUUGUGCGGAGCUCACUUUCUCCCUUUGAGCGGAUUGGCAAAGCGUGGGCCGGAUUACCUGCUCAUUGGUCCGCUCAGCGCACGUCAGCUCCGAAGCCCCGCCACGGUGCUGUCCCCCCCGGUCGAAUAACGCUGCUGGACGAUGCUGGGGCAGGCGGCUGGCAGUAG